AUGACUGAUAAGAACGCUUGUUUGCUGGCGAAGACGGUUGUGGCCAGAGAAGGAGGUGGUCGAUCAUCUGGAACAUCUGGUCGCGGUGGGUAUGCUGGUGGCCCUGGCAAUGCUUUCACCCUAAAACUCUCUGAUCUCGAAACUCUAGGUGAUCAGCGUCUCUACAAUUUGAUGCAGCCUAGCGAACAAAGCGGCUUAGUACAGCCUGGACCGUUUUGCUGUGUUAUGGGCAUGCUCAAGAAUAUCGGUCGCGAGGAUUGUUUGCGCAUGUUUGCUGAGAAAUUCCCAAAUGAGAACGGAGGCACAGUGGCGGAAGUGGAGGCUCCACCACCUAUUGGUGGAAGUGGAACGCCCAAUGCGAAUCAGGGUAUUCUGAGCCUGAUUGAAGCGAUGACUGGAGUGCAUUACGGACCACAGGGACCUGCGGCUGAGCAUGCUAGUGACAGGCGCAGUGCGAAAACAGCGAAGCCAUUUGAACAGGGCAUUUUCAAAUCAGGGAAUAUCACCGACUUGGAGGAGAUGUUGUUGAAAGAAGGACGUGGAAACGUGAUGGCAGCUAGGUUUAGAGAAGCGGGAGGGCAUUUUAUGGAGUUAGAGGCCGCAUAGGCAUACUUAUUUAUUACUUAAGUACUUAUUUCUAAAUCUAAAAUGUCGGUUGUGGUUGUUGUCCUGUUCGUGAUGGACAACUAACGAAUGGAGGUAGAAGUGAACUCCAACCCAUCCUGUGUUUGCAGCCAGCAGAUUCGUUUCAGCCCUCUAACGCCCCCGCCUCGAGGGUCGACCCGAGUGGAGACGGCAUCUCCUCAUACGCUGAACUCGAUCCAACGACCGG